ACCCAAAGAAAUAGAAAAAAACUGGUUGAGAGAGUGAGAGGAGAGAAUGGAAGACCUGAAAGCGAAGACCCCAGCAUCAUGCAAAGACCUCCCAGCUCUCCUAACCUCUUUCGUCGACACCUUCGUCGACUUCUCCGUCACCGGACACUUCCUCUUACCCGAAACCCCCACUCCCCCUCAACCCUUGCAAACCUACUACCCUCCGCAGGACCGUCUCAUCGCCAUCGGCGACCUCCACGGCGACCUCGCCAAGACCAAGCAAUCCCUCCGCCUCGCCAAUCUCAUUGACGCCUCCGACAAAUGGGCCGGAGGAUCCGCCACCGUGGUCCAGGUCGGCGACGUGCUCGACCGUGGCGGCGACGAGCUCAAGAUCCUCUAUUUCCUCGAGAAGCUGCGACGCGAAGCCGCCAGAUGCGGCGGCACCGUGAUUACCAUGCACGGCAACCACGAGAUCAUGAAUGUGGAAGGAGAUUUCAGGUACGCCACCAAGGAGGGUUUGGAUGAGUUUGUGAAUUGGGCACAUUGGUAUACAACUGGUAACAGGAUGAAGUCUCUUUGUAAAGGCUUGGAGAAGCCGCGGGACCCGUUCGAGGGGCUGCCAAGUGUAUUCAAUAAUGUGAAGGGCGAGUCUGCAGAGGGUUUUCGGGCCAGAAUUGCCGCGCUGAGGCCUGAUGGUCCAGUUACUAGUCGGUUCUUGUCCAAGAAUGUCACUGUGUUGGUUAUAGGGGACUCGGUUUUCGUCCACGGCGGGCUUUUGGCAAAGCAUGUUAAGUAUGGACUAGAGAAGAUGAAUGAGGAGGUGAGGGAGUGGAUUAAUGGGGUGAAGGGGAGACUGGCGCCGGAGUAUUGCCGCGGGGGGAACUCUGUGGUUUGGUUGAGGAAGUUUUCUGAUGAAAUCGCCGACAAGUGUGAUUGUUCGGCGCUGGAACAUGUUUUGGCAACUAUUCCUGGUGCUAAGAGGAUGAUCAUGGGUCAUACCAUUCAAGAGUUUGGGAUCAAUGGUGCUUGCAAUGAGAGAGCUAUUCGGAUUGAUGUGGGGAUGUCCAAGGGCUGUGGUAAUGGCUUGCCUGAAGUUUUGGAGAUAAAUGGGAAUUCGAGUUUGAGGAUCCUGACGUCGAAUCCGUUGUACCAGAAGAAGUAUGCAUCUUCUGCUGAAGCUGGGAGGAGGGAAGGGGUUGGAUUGCUGGAGCAUGGACCUCAACAAGUGGAAGUGAAAGCUUGAUUGUUUGGGUAUUUAUUCUUAACCAUAUUGGUUGUAGCCUCUUACGAACAGAUAUGAGUUUUCCCAUUUAUACUCCGAUUAAACUACCAUUCAGCUGACGCUAUUGAAGGGUAGAUAAUUGCUAAUGAAUCAUUCAAACUAGAAUUGGAUGGAUGUAAAAAACAUUAGUACUUUCACAUUCAUGGAGUCUAUGCUAAUGGGUGGGAGUCUUAUUAGAUUUUCGAAAGUGGUUCUCUCUGAAUUUUUAGAAAAUAAAUCUCCCAAUGUUACAAUUUCUUCUGGUGUGGAAUUGACUUCUAAACUUGUAUUUUAGCAUAUAUUGGAUUUCUUCAAAUAG